AUGCCUCUUUUAAAGGGUGGGCGAUAUGCAGUUACUCGCACAAAAAAGUACUUAAAUGCAGGAAGAAUUGUUUUCCGGGAAAAUGUAAAAGUGAUGACUAUCAAUACUCUUUCAAAAGGCAACAUAUCCGAUGGCGCUCGAGAAUUUAUUCGGUGGCAUUUACCACCACUUCAAUAUAAAAAUCCCUCUGUUCAAAUUGUAACAUUUCAAGACAUAUGCCCAACUCCUUUUAUUAAGUUCUACCUUUCUGAUGGACGAGAGUUUAAUGUUGAUUGCUCCUUUCAUACCGCUGAUAGUAUUCAUAACCACAUUGCAGAAAUCUGCGCAAAAACUCCAGAUACCAUAAAAAAGGAGGAAGUUGAGAAUCAGAAAAUUAUUAAUCCUGCAAACUUUGGAACAAAGUAUCCCCGGCAGUGUAUUUGUGAAGUUUUUGGACAAGUCCCAUGUUCUUCUGCAAUUGGAAGACCCAAGCCAUGGAAAGGCCAAGAACCAAAUUUACCACCACUACCUGAGGUUACUAGUAGAUCAAUGUAA